CCGACACUUCUGCAUCAUCACAAUUAAAAGCUUCAUCUGAAAAACCACUACCAUCGAAGAGAUUGAAAGAUGAUCCAUUUUCUGAUUUUCGUAACCGAAAAACCAAUCAAAGUACAUCGUUUGUUGAUCAACAUGCAUUGACGAUAGAACUUGAUCGACAAAUUCAAAUAUAUGACAGUAUGGAAAUCAAUGAUGAUUACGAUAAUAAUCCAUUUUCAUUUUGGAAUGAACACAAAGACGAUCUUUGGAUUCUUGCAAGAAUUGCGAAGUCUGUGUUAGUGAUACCUGCUUCAUCAGCCGAAAGUGAACGUCACUUUUCGAGUGCAGGCCAAAUAGUGACAGAAAUUCGAAGCUCACUUGAUCCUGAUCAUGUGGAAGCUCUUGUAGUGCUGAAAGAAGCAUACAUAAAUAAAAUGUGGCCAACUGUGAUAUCAUCAAAAGAAUAA